AUGGCUGGGUCCCCGUAUUUCUCGACUUCUAGCACCAUGGCAAUUCCCGGGGUUGAGUAUAUCGUGCCGCCCGGGUCGGAACAUGAUUUUGAUGCGAGCCCUGAGAGCCAGAGAAGCCAGAGGGUAUUCAAGAGGCACAAGGUCCUCCCGCAUCCCAGGAGCGCAAAUGGGAGCUUCUCCGGCGGCUCGGACUCGGCGAGAACACCCAGCGCGGGGGCUCAGAGCUUGAGCCCCCUCGCGACGCCAGCCCAAAGCUCCGAGGACGUGCCCUCCAAGGCCAGCCCAAGCACCCCACCGAAUCAACGAAGCCCUCCCACACCCGACGUAACACCUCCGCAGAGUGCCACCCGGCCCAGACCUUUGAUACUGCGCCCGGCUCUCGCCGAUCGAAUACCGUCGAAAGGUACCACUGAGUCACGCACCGAAUCCUUCAAGACUGCAAGGGAGAGCCCCGAGCCUUCAGACGAAGAGGACGGCCGGUCCACACUACGUCCAGCCGCGCAAUCUGCGAGGACGUCCGAGGUCACGGUCCGGCUUGCCAAAGGCUACACCAAUGGCAACGGCCACGAGAAGCAGACUACUCCGCACAACCACUCAGGCUCUGGACUAGGCCUGGGGCCCAGCUUGGCGGACGAGCAUAGCGCCACGCCCAAGGCCAGAGGCGACUUCACCACGUUUGACGGCGAAUUCGGGAGCUCGCCCAAUGACGUCGAACAGGAAUGGGAUGACAACCUUAUGAGGAAUGUGACUGUGCGAAAAAGGCGGCCCAGCGCGCAUGUCAAUGAAAGACAACACGAGGUUGUGGACGAUUUCACUGUCUCACCUACGAAUGCCACAAAAGCUCUGCGCGCCUUCCCGCUGCAGGGUAGAAUUCUCACCUACGAGUCUCCUGACCCCGCGAGAAGCUUCACAGCCCCGGAAAGAGCGAAUGUGGAUGCAGCCACAACGUCGAGGAUCGGAGAAAUGCUGCUCUCCGCCAAGGCAACACCGUUUUCACAGGCUUCUGUAGAAACGAAUGGGACAUCGGCAGCGGAUAUCGGGGAAGCCAGGGCAAUCAGCAUGUUCCCUCACCAGAACAGGUCUAUUCUCAUGGUUGAUCAUAGGCCGUCUGAAAGCUCGGAUGGCGAUCCCGGGAGUCAAUCCACUGAGAGGCCGGACCGGCCUACCAUCACGACCACAGAGGUCGAUGGAGUCUCCGUCGAGGAACCUAUGACACCUCUAGCGCAGCCAACGUUUACUCUGGACAGUGUCGACUCUCCCUUGAGAAACCCUCGAGAGCCUCCGGAGCCCCCCGCCAUCAAGUUCAUUCCUGCGACUCCUUCCGGCCUGACACCUGCAGAGGAGAAGACCAGAAUGCUAGGCAAUUUCUACGAUGAGCUGGAUGACAAGCCCAUGCGGGCACCUUCUCUAGUGCGUCGGGCACUGAACAAACGGCGGCACUCGUACGCAUCCUACGGGCCUUCUCCAAACCGUGACACUCGUCCUGGAUUUCUGGCGAGAACCUUGUCCCUGAGCAAGAACAUACGCAAAGGCACUAUGGACGACCAUGAGGUGGACCAGUCAUACGGCGAGUCGCUCCCACACGAACAGCCCAUGGAUGAGACCCGACUUCACCCUGACUGGCGGCCAUCGUAUUAUUCGAGUCACUACGCUGAUGACGGGGUGUACGACAUGGACGAUGACGACGAAGAGGUCAUGCGGUAUCCGGCCAUUGACAAUCGGCCCCCUCCACCGAAGAGGAGCCUCAGUGAGCGCAUGAAACGGACUUUUGCCAUCAUGCCUCUCCAAGAUGUAGACGACUUCACCGACGGUCCGGACAGAAGGACAAUCAGACGGACCCCUAGUGGAAAUUUGCGCGUGGUCAAGCACCGCGGAAGUGUGGGCUCCCUUCGCAAGAAGGCCAGUAAAACGGAACGCCCCUCGACCGCACCUGAUGGAGACGGGCGCCGUCGACUGUUCUGGUCCCGAUCAAACAGCCUGGGCAGCAUAAGGGGCCAACAUGUCGACUAG